AUAGAUUAACGGUGGUUCCGAACUUACACAUUCUUGAUUAUACGAUCGAUCAAUUGUCAAAUGAUGAAACUUGCGCUGAAGUUUCAUAUUCCAGUCAGAAGGUAUAUAAUGCUGUUGACGUUCCAACAUCAUGGGCUUGAGUGCACGCGAUAUUGCAUUUGUCAUUGCCAUUUCUGGCGUCACAACUCUGAAUGUUUUUCUCCUGGGCUCAGUGACAGUCGCACUUCCCACUAUCGGAAGAGACCUUCAUUUCCAAGAGGCUGACCUUCACUGGCCGGUGAAUGUGAAUUCUUUGUCAUAUGGUUGCUUGAUUUUAUUCUGCGGAAGACUGGGGGACAUAAUUGGAGGCCGCUUCAUGUUCCUAGUUGGGUCUAUGUGGUUCGCAAUUUGGAGUCUUGCAACAGCCUUUGCUCCAAGCUCAACGAUUUUCAUCGUAGAUAUGGCGCUGUUGGGAAUAGGAUCGGCUGCUAACACUCCUGCUGCGAUUGGAUUAUGUUCAUCAUACUUUCCGCCAGGGGAAAACAGGAACAAGGCCUUUAGCGUACUAGGCGUUGGCCAGCCUGUGGGAUUUAUCCUGGGCCUGAUUGCUAGCGGUCUUUUGACCGAAAGUCGCGCCACAUGGCGUUCUUUGUUCUACAUACAAGCUGCUCUUGCUGUUUUCUUCGUUUGUCUUGCUUUCGUGGCAUUCCCAAAAGAUCGCUCGAAUCGACGUUAUGAAAAAGGUUUAGACUGGGGUGGCGUGGUGUUGAGUACAGCUGGCCUUGGGCUUCUGACAUACAGUCUCUCCGACUCCACAACAGCUUCGAAGGGUUGGUUAGCUCCCCAGGUCCCCAGCCUAUUAUCCGUGUCCAUUCUUUUGCUAGUCAUUUUUGUGUACUUCGAGCGCUGGAGGGAAUCAAGAAACAAGUCUGUUCUCAUACCUCCGAGCAUAUGGAGGCAACCCGGAGCAAAAUUGGGUCCCCUCGUUGGUGUGGUAUUUUUUGGUUGGUUUAGCUUUGAUACUCUAAACUAUUUCUUCACACUAUACUACCAACAGGUACAACUACUAAAUCCCUUGCAAACUUCUCUUCGGUUCAUACCCAUGGCUAUCGCUGGAGCGAUUCCUAGCAUUGCAGCGGGAUAUUUUGUUGCUCGUGUGCCCGCGCAGAUCUUAAUGUUGUUCGGUUUGCUCGUUAGCAUGGCGGCAACCCUAAUCUUCGCUCUAAUAAAUCCUGAUCUCGGCUUCUGGCGCAUGGCUUUUUUUAUGAUGAUUACCAUCGUUGGGGUGGAUAUCGUGUAUCCAUUAGGGAACCAACAAAUCGCUGCAACAUUUGAUGAAGAUUCACAAUCCCUUGCGGGUAGCAUUUUCAGCGUUACCACAAGGCUCGCUACAGCGCUAGGACUUGCGGUGACGUCUGGGAUAGCGGCAUCUGUAUCCAAAGCGUACAACGAGAAGCAUCCACACCUCGAUGCGGAGUCGCCAGAAGUCUUGAUGGUCGGUUUCCGAGCGGCUGGAUGGACUUGUUUCGCAUCGACAGUUUUGAGCAUAAUGGUUGUGAUUUUUGGGUUGAGAGGCUUGGGUGUCAUCGGCAAAAGAGCGUGCGCAAGCGAGCAUGCGGCACGGCCAGAUGACCUGCAAUUGAGGGAAUUAAGGGAAGGAGAACAUGUCAAUUCAAAGUUGCGCCAGGGUGUCCCAGAGUCGCUCAAUAUAAAGGGUGCAGCGAUACAAGGCUGACGCGUUGUCGUGGACACCCCCACCUGCCUCUGGGCGCACCUCGUUCUUUUGUUUUACGUGAUAGCGGUCUCGAAUAGUAAGCAUUGCUCUGAACUUUCUGCAUGGUUACUACCAGUUCCGAAUCUGUGCAAUAGUACUGGAUAUGUUUGUACAAGUAUGCUCGUUCCCUGA